AUGGAGUUCUCCUGCCAAGGCUGCUCAUCAAACACGCUGGACAACACCAGCGUUUCCCCCGGCAACACUUCCGACCUGGCCUCGCCCAUCAAUCUGUCCUACAUCCUGGGACCCAAACGCUCGCCCUUCUUCCUGCCCGUCACCAGUGUCUACCUCCUCAUCCUGCUGGUGGGCCUGAGCGGCAAUCUGCUCACCUGCGCGGUGGUGGCCAAAAACAAGAAGAUGCACAACCCCACCAACCUCUACCUGGUCAGCCUGGCCGUGUCCGACCUGCUCCUGCUGGCCUUUGGGAUGCCCCUGGAGAUCUAUGACCUGUGGCAGAACUACCCCUUCCCCUUCGGCGAGGGCGGCUGCUACUUCAAGACAUUCCUCUUCGAGACGGUCUGCUUCGCCUCCAUCCUCAACGUGACGGCUCUGAGCGUGGAGCGCUACAUAGCCGUGGUGCACCCGCUCAAGACCCGCUACAUCACCACCAAGCGCCACACCAAGCGGGUCAUCGGCGUGGUGUGGGCCGCCUCCAUGGUGUGCGCCAUACCCAACACCUCACUGCACGGCAUCUUCUACUUGCCGGAACGGCUCCAGGAGUCGGCCAUGUGCACGGUGAUCAAGCCCCUGUGGAUCUACAACAUGCUGAUGCAGAUCACCACCGUCUGUUUCUUCUUCGUGCCCAUGAUGGUGAUCAGCGUGCUCUACCUGGUCAUGGGCCUCCACCUGGGCAGGGACAGGCAUCGGCGGGGCGGCAACUUAGAGAGGAAGUGGAGCGGCAAGUGCCGUAUCAAGAUCAACGAGGAGAGCGGUCGCAGGAUGCAAAUUGUCAAGAUGAUCUCCAUCGUGGUCGCAGUGUUCGGCCUCUGCUGGGCGCCGUUCCACGUGGAGCGUCUGCUGUGGAGUUCCAUCCGCCAGUGGACCGACCUGAUGCACAACAUCUACCAGUACGUGCACAUCCUGUCGGGGGUCCUCUUCUAUCUCAGCUCGGCCGUCAACCCCAUCAUCUACAGCCUGAUCUCCACGCACUUCCGGGAGUGCUUCCGGGAGUGCUUCCGUGAGCUGGUGUGCUCCCGGGCAGAGGACAACGGCUCCGAACGAGGCUCGCCACCGCGCCCUACAAUCUUACUGGAGCUCUCGGUUGCUGGGGCCGAGACGGAGGGGCAGAACUCCAAAUCUCUCGUCCCCUUACCUUCCUUCUCCUCCUGGCUUUGA